UUAGAGUAACAGUGCUGGCGAUUUCCUACUGCGUAUGUCUUAUCAGUAGAUUAUUCUGUCUUUUUUGGGUUUUGUUUUAUUUAAAGUAACGCGGAGCUUCAUUUGUAAAAUUGGGUCGAAAAUACUUUGGUAGUUUCUCACGUCUGUGUGUUAAACACAUGUUCUAUAAUGUUGUAAAAUCGAGGAAUGGCGCGAGAAUUUUAUUAAGGUUGCCAGUCGUGAUUUAACAAUGAUGAGUGUUUAAACUUAGCUAGCUAGCUAACGUUGAGUGUGUUGGCAUCGGUGUCGUGUUUUGAGUAGCUAAAUUGUAGUAACCGAAAGGUUUGCAGUAUCAGUAGGAAUAAACAUUCAACUGUAGGUAACAGUUAAAGAAAAAAUGUGUUUAUGAAAACGGGUGCCGUUAUUUUCUAGUGUGGGUCUAGAUUUGGCAACCCUGCGAGGUCCAACCAAGCGCGUGGCGACUGACAACAGUGUUGUGAAGUCACGUGUUGCGGAUCCGGUCCAGCGCGCGGUGGAGUCUGAGGGCUCUUGCGCUGAUGGAGCGAGCCUUUAAAAUGGCACCCAAACAUUAAGGUCUGGGGGAUUUUAACAGCAGUGGGGAACAGCUGACUUGUACACCCAGGAAACAUGUCGGAAACAGAGGGGUGAGGUGUUUCCAUUGGGGCCCUUUAUUUAAGGUCUUUUAGUGUUCGUAUAUAGCGACGGCUCUUUUCAGAGAAUCGAAACAUUACACGGGAAACAUGGCGGAGUCGGGAGUUCCUCAGCCAGAGACUUCACAAGUCAGCAGGUCAAUUUCUGUCUUUGACUGUCGCCCAGAAAGCAAAGCUGCUGCUGAAAAGGUUUUAGCUAUCGGUGGCGUGGCCUACAAGGAAUUCCUUCAAGCUGUGCGCAAGGAGUUUUCUAUAUCUGGGAAAGAGAAAUUUGUGCUCACAACCACAGAUCGUAGGGAGAUCAAUGCAGAUGUUUAUGGUGAGUUAACAGAUGGCAAGACGUUACACCUUCUACACUCUGUGGAUCAGGAGUUGGCUGUGGCAACUCAAGAGCGGAUUGAGUAUCUUCCCCAUUACCACACCAUCGUGCAGAGUGGACAGUACGAAUAUUAUGCUAGUGAAGGAAGGAACGCGCUACCCUACGCCUUUGCAGAGCUCAUCGACAAUGCACUUUCAGCCACAUCAAAAAAUCCUGGCGUCAGGAGCAUAGACAUCAGGCUGCUGUUUGAUGACACUCAAGGGGGCUCAGCUGUAGUGGUGAUGGAUAACGGCCGUGGAAUGACUGCUAAAGAGCUAAAUAACUGGGCUGUUUAUCGUCUCUCCAAAUUCAAUCGAGAUUAUGGCAUUUUUCAGAGCGAUCACUCUAGCUAUGUGCGGCCCAGUCCAGUUCCACGCAGUCUAAACAGCGACAUCUCCUACUUUGGCGUUGGAGGCAAGCAGGCUGUGUUUUACAUUGGCCAGUCUGUACGGAUCAUAAGUAAACCACUUGGCUCUCCAGAUGUGCAUGAAUUUGUCAUGUCUAAAGAAGACUUUCAGAAAAAGGAAAAAAACAAAGAGGAAAUUUAUUCUGGUGUCAUCCUUAACAGAAAGCCUGCAGACGACUCUCACGUGAACACGGAUGAAGAGCGUUUCCUGCACUCUCUGGUUCGGGAAGAGGAAGGCAAGGACAGCUUCACCGCUGUAGUCAUUACGGCAGUCCAGCCGGAACACAUUACCUACCUCAAACAAGACUUCAAUUCGUGGACCAGAGAGCUGGCGCACAUAUAUCAUUACUAUGUUCAUGGUAUCCAUGGAAACGACAUGCGAAGCACAAGAAGUGAGGAUUCCACUUCCAACAUCGACAUCCACAUCUGUCUGGUCGAUCGCUCCCCUCGCAUACCAAGGCUCCUUAAUCUAAGGGAGAUUGAUAAGGACAUGCAAACUCUUUAUAUAAACUCCAGUGUGGCAGAAUUUGAGUUUAAAGCCAGCAGAGGGCCAGAUGCACGAGUGGAGGGAGUGAUCAGAUAUCAUCCGUUCCUGUACGACAGAGAGACAUACCCGGAGGACCCUUAUGCACUAACACCAGCUCCAGAGAAUGAUGACGACGACUGUUUUGUUUUGCAAGCCGAGGGCCGAGGAAAAAGGCCCAUCUUUGAGUGCUUUUGGAAUGGACGAUUAAUUCCAUAUUCCUCAGUUGAUGAGUUUGAGUGGUGUGCAAGACCCAAAAAGGUCUUCACCGUGCCAUUAGAAUGUUACAACAGGAUCUCGGGAGUCCUCUUCACCAAUGACUCUUUUCAAGUCAGCACCAAUAAACUUACAUUCAUGGACCUGGAACUGCAGCUUCGAGACAAAGAAACUAUCUUUACUAGAGUGCUCAAUGGCCAGGAGCAGAGAGUGAAAAUCAAUCGUGAGUUUGCGGUUUGGCUGAAAGACUGCCAUGAGCAUUAUGACAAGCAGGUGAAGUUCUUGGGUUUCCAAGGAACGACAACUCGCACAGAUGUGCCAACAAAACGGCUGCAGUCGCCGUGGGCAAAGUUCAAGGCCAUCAAGUGGGACGGCAAAACGUACAAAAGCGGACAAAACGUGAAGUCACUGAAGACUCAACCCAUUCUGUUUGGCUCUAUAGUUCAGUUUCUGCUCUAUGGAGACCAUGAAGGAGAUAUCUAUGCCACAGGGGGGCAUGUCCAGAUUGCACUGGAACCAAAGGAGUUGUAUAAUGAGGUUAGAACUAUCCCAAUAUCCAAGAUCGACAGACAGGCUACAGCAGCGUCCAUCAAGAAAAACAUUGAGGAUGAACUAGCCAAGCUUCCUGAUCAACUGAGGAUUACAUGGCCGGAGGGGAAUCCAUGGCCUGAAAAAGCUGUUCGACCAGCUGGCACACCCAUGGGUCCAAUCCAAGUUGAGAUUUUGAAUAAAAAAGGGGAGGCUAUGUCACGGUUGCCGGUAGCAAACGUCAACGCCAGAAAACUCUCGAUUGACCUCAAAGUCAUGUGGCACUCUCCCAAGGGGGACGUCCAGACCAACUCCCACAUUGGCAUACAUUCCCCAAAGUGGGAGUACUGGUUCAAAGUAAUGGAAAAUCUAAAUAAACUGGGGAAGUACACAAUGCGACUUCAGACUAUUCUGAGUGAGACCUCAGCUAAUGAAUGGGCUGGGAAAAAACUGCCUCAUUAUGAACUCCACUUCAGUAUUAAAGAAAGCAGUGCUGCAACCUUUGCUCUGCCUGCAGUUCCCUGUCCUGUUCAGCUGGGGGUGCCCUUUUCUCUGCCUGUGGAAUUUAAGGAUGAGUUUGGCCAUUCAACCCAGCCCCCUUCUGAUAUCAAACCCAAGCUAGAGUGCAGUUCAUUGGAACUGAGUUAUGAACGGACCACUUCAAGUGAAACUACCUUGACCCUACAAGAUCUGAGAGCCAGGGGUAAAGUAAAGAACCAUCAGGAAAAGAUGCACACUGUGACUGUCAUCAUUCCAGGCCUUAGACAAGAGUCACAUUCUUUCCAAAUGAGAGUUCUCCCAGGCCCUCCACAUCUGCUGGUGGUGUCUCCUGAAUGUGAGGUUUCCAUAGAGAACGGCACACCCGUGGGCUUCCAAGUAGAAGUUCAGGACGAGUUCCAGAACAUUACAACACAUUCCAAACUUAUUGUGCGCUGCCAGUUACUAGGAGCCCCUGAUUUGACAGUGGAUGCUGUCGACUGCAGUAAUACUGGCUCUGGCCUGCUGCUCACUAAACCAAUCCAGCUGAAGAAGGUCGGCACAGAGCACAUCCUCACGGCCAAGUUUGGCAUUCCUAACCAGAAGGCUGUCUCCUGUGUGGAGCGUACCCUGCGUGUCUUGCCGAGCACACGCGUCUUUCAGGUGGAGGUGUACAGGCAGGAGGAAGAUUCCAAUGAUGUCAUGGUGCUUCAGAACAUGGAGCGCAUUGACUGGACAGCAGGAGACACUCUGGGGAGUCUGCGCUUCAGGCUGUAUGAUGAGGGCGGAAGGCUGGUGCCUUUAACCCCAAAACUAGCAAAUAACAUAAAGGUGAACUGGACGGCUGAGGUUAGAGUAGCAGAACUGGUGAAUGGACUGCUGCCCAGCGUGUCUGUCACCACUACAGCACAGAGUGAACAUUUCUACCAGGUGGCAUUUCGAGAUCAGCACACAGUGGAAACAUCCUUCUUUAUAGUUUCACGUCCAGAUGAGCCAGAGCGUUUGAGAAUAAUUCUCAGUGAAACAACUGUCAGACUGGGAGAAAUUCUUGCAGGAAAUAUUUAUGUUGAGGUGGUUGAUCAGUAUGGCAAUAAGACAGAUACUUUGAGUGCUGAUAGCUUGAAAGAAAUCAGUGUGACUGCAAAUAACCUGGACACAUCGACCUUGAAAGUUGAAUGGCAGAACAGUUCAGGGAGUGUGUUGGUGCAUGGCGUGCGCUUUUCAGCAGGUUCCCCUGGUCCAAGGGAGUUGUGCUUCAAGUACCAGGAAUUUGAGGAGUUUGCCAGAGUGAAGGUCAUGCCUGGAGCACCGGUGAAAAUUAUACUGCUGGAUGCCCCAGAAAUGCCCAUCCAUGUGUUUAACGGCCGAGGCCUGAACACGCCGUUCCUGCUCCAGCUGUGUGAUGAGUGGGAAAACCCUGUUCCAGACCAGCGAGUGGUCAUAGCCAUAAAAACUCGAUCACCACAGCUCAAGGUUAAAUCUUCAGUGAUGUCCCAGCCUGUGGAUACAGAGGGAAGGGCCUGCUUUAAGCUAGAGACAGUGACUGCAGGAAGAGGAGAGCAUGAGGUGGAAUUCCGUGGGUCCUUCAGUAGAAAUAGCAUUCCUGGUCCCAUCGUAAAGUUGAACGUGAUGGCCGAUCCCAACAACCCCGUCAAUCUUAAUGUUGAAUAUGAUACCGAAGCCAUGUUAAUGGCAGGAGAUGUUUUCCCAGUGUUUAAAGUGACGGUGGUGUCCGAGGAGGGUGGGCCUGUAAGGAGCAUCAGUCCAGCUGACCUCUCCAUGCUGCUAUGGCAGGGCUCAGCCUCGGGGUCACGCCCUCCGCCUGAGGCAACAACUCUUACGUGCAGUAAACCCAUGGGCAAACAGGAUGACCACUUUUAUUUUAGAGAUAAGGAGAUUCCAGAGCGAGUGGGAAAAUACAUGGUGCAGUUUGUUCUUGUUGUAGGAAAGAGCAGGUGCCUCUGGAGCAGUCAGAUCGCUCUAAAUGUGGUUCCCAAUAAGCCAGUGAAGCUCGUCCCAGAUACCGUCCCUCCAACCCCCGUGGUGUCAAACAGCAGCACGCAAGCCAAUCGCACCCUUCUGGAGAAGCUAUGCCUGAACAUUAUGGACAAAUACAAUAACCCAGCUGGUUUGAGGUUCAGUGGCCAGGUGGUUGUGAAAGUGCUAAGUGUGGAGGGAGAAGACACAAAGGACCUCCCAAGGUUUCAGAACAAGACCAAGACCCUAACAUACAGCCUCACCAAUGGACAGAGUACGAUCACUAACCUGGCCCUAAUGGAGAACAGUCCAGGUGAAGACGGAGCCGAGUACCAGCUGCAGUUCUGCCCAGUCAUUCAGGGACCAGCCCCAUACCUUGCUCCUUUCACCUUGCUCUUUAGAUUCUACAACGAUGCUGAGAGUCAGAAGGUUGUGGCUGCUAUGAGUAAGAAGAGAGACCAGCUGUCUCGAUCCAUUGAGAUGUACAAAGACAUUCUGGAGACCAACAAACAGCUCAUUUCAGAACUCAAGAGUCAAGUGAAUGACUCAACUGGAAGAGCAUCUCAGCUCAAAUCAGAACUCAGUAAAAUCGGAUUAGAUGUUUCCAAGUUAUCUGAUAAGUCGGCAGUUGAGGAUUUGAUUGCUCAGAAGAAAGCAGAAUUGGAGAGGAUACAAAAUCAGCCACGGCGAAAAUGUACCAUGCCUGAUCCAUUCAAAGGCAGCCCAGAUGUCCUAGGAAAGAUAGCACACCUGGCUCAGGUUGAAGAUGAUGAUGUAGCAAAGGUCAUCUCCUGGCACCUCCUUGGGGACAUGGACUGUGUGGUUACCGAGACAACAGCUGCAGCGCGGAAAAUCUAUGACGAAACACAAGGACGGCAGCAAGUCAUGCCCUUGGAGACGGUUUUUUGGAGACCAAAUAACAGGCCGCUGCCCCACAUCAGGAACGAAGGGAAUCUCUUCCACCCUGUAGGGAACCCUGUGUUCGUUAGAGAUCUUCUCAUUUUUCCCGAGCAUGCAGAAAGCUGCAACAUGGUCUUCGCAAGUCUUCUUGGAGACACCAUAUUAGUGGAUGAUUUGGACUCAGCCAAUCAUUACCGCAAGGGGGUGGUCCAGAGUAAGGUGCAGUGCCCUACCCUGCUGACACGGCAUGGGGAGCGUAUCCGUAGCAACGGGAAGUUUGGAGGCCUGCAGAACAAGGCCCCUUCGAUAGAGAAGCUGAGAGGGCAGGUGUUUGGAGCACCACUGCCUAAAGAGUACCAAACCACAUGCAAGCAAAUAAAAUUGCUGCAGCAGCUUUCUGUAGCAAUACAGAAAACAUGGGAGAGGCAGAAAGAUUAUGACAGCCACAUGCAGUACAUGAAGAGCCCUGAAAUGAAAGAGAAACAGCAGGAGCUCCGGCAGCAAGAGGUGGAGCUCAGAGACAUUGAGCAAAAACUCACCAGCACCCCUGUGCGUUCCUUCCCUGCUUCAGCUGCAAAGCCCAGCAAUGUAGACGCAGCUGAUUCCCCACCAGCAAAGAGAGCUCGCCGCAAAACCCGCCGAGCCCUCGAUCCGUGGAUGGGAUCACCCUGAGACCAGCCAGCAAAGUCAUCUCAGUCCAGUAUUUAUUUUUAACUGCUGCAAAAACUCCAGAGGGAUGUUCUUUCUGUAACCAGGGCUUAACCUUCUGUCAAAUACUGUGAGAAUCUCUGUUUAAUACUUAAGUUCACAAAUUCUAGAUCUUUUUAAACCUUUGAUGAUAUGAAGUGCUUUUUAUAUGUUAUUUUUACUACCAUUUUUUUUUACCUUAAUUAGUUUCUGGUUGAUUUCAACAGAAAAGGCAGCUCAGUUUAUAGACCAUGUAAAAAAACACAUUCUGUAUUAUUCUGUAUGUUUCUGUUCUUAAAAAAGGAAGAAAAAGAAAUGUGUAUCUGUUUACAUCAGUUAACAAGAUUCUCUUUGACUUUUC